AUGCGUGCAGGACAUCUGGUGUCAUAUACAUUCCCUGAUGCCAAUGCGAUCUGCUGCCCGAGCUGCCUGUGUGUCUCGUGCUUUUCUCGUUCCUGGAGAUGCCAUCCCAACCUCACUUUCAGUGUGAAGACGCUGAGGUCGAAUAAGAAGGAAUAUGAAAAUGAUGAUAUCGCCAGAGAUUUCUGUAGCAAAGUUGACCAGAUUCUGAAAAGGCAUUCAGGCGUUGGUGUCAAGAAACUCAAUAUUCAGAUGCUUGGAGGUUACAAUGGUUAUGUCGACAGUUGGCUCCAGAUUGCUGGCUUGGGAAUCAGGUAUUGUGAGGGGAUAGGUUGCUUGAAGGUCCCUUGCACGCUGCAGCGCCUAAAGGUAUCCCAAUUGAAAAUGGAACACGUCUCCAUAUUUGCCGAUCCCUCGGAUCUGAGGAAGAUGCAAGGACAGCAGCACCACAAGAUGAAGACAGUGGAGAUCAUAGGAUUCACAUCAGCAAAGAGUCUUGUUGAGCUAACAUGCCAUAUUGUUGAGAGCGUGACAUCACUUGAAUGCCUUACAUUGAGGACCCAUCAGAGUUCUUCUAGGUGCUCCGAGUCUGCUAAUGCUAAUAAAAGUAACAAGUGCUCCCCAUUGCCCGUUCAUGUUCUCAUGGAAGCUCAACGAGCGCUCUUGGCCAUCAGGACGUACAUUGAGCCUAAAGUUCCCUCUAUGGUAAAGCUAAGUGUUGUUGAGACUUGCCGACGAUGCCAUGCUGUUGAACUUUAG